AACCCAAUGUUAUGUUUUCCACCGCACACCCCAUCUAGCGGGACGCAGAGGAACUUCGAGUCCUACUACUACCUCUGCUCUGCACCCCUUCCCCUUCGGCCCAAAGACUCCAUUUUGAAAGAUCGUCGCUCGCCUCCUUAGUUUAUUAGGUACCUCAUAAAAAUGGAUAGUGAUGCUGGUGGCCCCCCAGGCCAGAGUGGCCCACAGAAUGGUUUCAGAGGGCGUGGUGGAGGAUUCAGAGGAAGAGGACGUGGUGGAGGAUUUAGAGGCAGAGGAGGUCCCGGUGGACCAGGAUUUAAUGGUGGCCCAAUGCGCGGUGGCUUUCGUGGCCGAGGAAAUUUCCGUGGUGGACGUGGUGCUCCUGAUGGAUACAGAGGUGGUUUUCGAGGGAAUAUGAGAGGUGGGUUCCGUGGAAGUUCUUAUGGUCCAUCACGAGGUGGAUUCCGUGGGAGAGGUUCUGGUGGUCCACGUGGUAAUUAUGGUGGUGGCGAAGGAGGUGUCUACAGAGGACGUGGAGCACCAUCAGGUCGUGGAGCACCCACAAGUCGUGGAGCACCAAGGGGACGUGGACGUGGUGAUUUUGAAGGUGGCUACCAAAAGCGAGGGGCUUCGCGUGGUUCUUAUGGCGGCCCUCCCAUGAAGCGGCCGAGGAUGGAGGGUGAAAGUGGCUACGGAGGCAACAGCAAUUAUGGUGGUGGUGGUUAUAAUACAACGGGGUAUGACAGCAACUACAGUGGUGGAUAUAACUCUGGAGGUCAAAAUUAUACCCCAGGUGGAUAUGAUGAAUACAAGUCAAGUGGUGGAGGCUAUGAGAACUAUGGGGGCGGGCAAAGCUACGGGUCUUCGGGGUAUGAUGCCUACGACAACAGGGGUGGGUACACCACGCAACAGGGGAACUUCGGUUCUGUCAGCAUCAUAGGUUGUGGAUUUAGAAGGCGGAUAGGACUAGAGUUGAGUCAAGAUGGAACCUUCGUGGAUCAAUCCAUCCACCAAACCUGUUAUUACCACUCCCGAGGAGCAAUCCUUCCAUUAAGUUUGUUUGUAUGGCGAUUUUACAUUGCAUGGAACCAGUGGUUAUUCAGCAACGGGACCAACGGCUUUACAUGACUUCCAAACUACGUUGAGAGUGAACUUCUGUCACCAGAAGUGUACGUCUCUCGCUCCUCAAUGGAAUGGCCAAGAAUUGAACCUGCGACCACCGAAGUGGGACGCCAACACCAUACCAACCAUGCCACUUAGGCGCUUAAGCCACACACGUUAUGCAUACAAUUCUUUCAGCAGAGUUUGCUCAACUGUCCCUUGAUACAUUAUCACCUUGUCUUCCAUAGAUCAUUUAAUUCUCUUUCCAGUCUUUUGCACACACCCUGCUAAUUUUUGUGCUGCACUCAUUCUCUCAGUCAACUUUCUCUUGUAAAUACUAUCGAACUUUGUAAUGUAUCUGCAGUUUAUUUUUACUAUCCGUAGUCUUUAUUGUGUCAUCUGUAAACAUGAACAAUACCUACUCCAUUCACAAGUAAAUUUCUCAUAUUUUUUUUUUAU